AUGGAAAAUGAAAUAGGCGUUAAAUCGAUUGUAGCAAAGAUUAUAAUAGAGGCAAUGGCAGCAGUUCCGAAUAUAGUGGCCAAGAAUCCGCCAAAUUCCUAUGCAGCUGAAGAUAGCCAAAGGCAAUUGGAGUUGGAGAUGGAGUUGGAGUCUAUUUUAUCCGACAGUGAGGACGACUCGUCUAGGUGA